AUGGCAACUCUCGGCGCAUAUCAGAAAAAGCACAAGGUCGCCAUUGUCGGCUCUGGCAACUGGGGUACUACCAUCGCCAAGGUUGUCGCAGAGAACACCAAAGCCAACAGCGACCUGUUCGAGCAAGAUGUCCAGAUGUGGGUCUACGAAGAGGAGGUUUCCAUCCCGAAAGAGUCGGAACACUACAAGGGCGACGACAAGCCCCAGAAGUUGACCCACAUCAUCAACGACGUCCACGAGAACGUCAAGUACCUGCCCAAGGUUGCUCUCCCUAAGAACAUCAUCGCCAAUGCCUCGCUUGAAGACACCGUCAAAGACGCCAGCAUCCUCGUUUUCAACCUCCCUCACCAGUUCAUCGAGAAGACUUGCGACACGUUGCAGGGCAAGAUUCUGCCUUAUGCUCGUGGUAUCUCUUGCAUCAAGGGUGUCGAAGUCUCGGACAAGGGCAUUGAACUCUUUUCUGAAUGGAUUGGCCGCAAGCUGAACAUCUACUGUGGUGCCUUGUCAGGCGCCAACAUUGCCACUGAGGUUGCUCUCGAGAAGUUUUCCGAAACCACUGUCGCAUACGAUCCCCCAACCAUGGACAGCCAGCAACCCACUCCCAAGGGCUCCCCUCGUUCUUCCGAGAUCGACCUGUCUGAGCUGAGCGGCAAGCAAGAUCAACACCAGAAGAUCAAGCUUUAUCCUCUGCCUACCGAGUACCCUCCUCUCAGUCACGACAAUGUGAAGAAAAUCUUCCACCGCCCCUACUUCCAUGUCCGCAUGGUCUCGGAUGUCGCUGGUGUCUCGCUUGGUGGUGCACUCAAGAAUAUUGUUGCUCUAGGUGCUGGGUUCGUUGAUGGUUUGGGCUGGGGAGACAACGCCAAAGCUGCCGUCAUGCGUGUCGGUAUUCUGGAACAGGUCAAGUUUGGCAAAAUGUUCUUUGCUGACUCUGUCCGUACCGAAACAUUCACUGAGGAGAGCUGUGGUGUAGCAGAUUUGAUUACCAGCUGCAGUGGUGGUCGUAACUUCCGUUGUGCAAAGAUGAGUGUCGAACGUGGCAUGACUAUCAACGAAGUCGAGGAGCAAGAACUAAAUGGACAAAAGCUGCAAGGAACCAGCACUGCAGCUGAUGUCAACAACUUCCUAAAGAAGCAGGGGCUCGAAGACGAGUUCCCCCUCUUUACUGCCAUCUACAAUAUCCUCCAAGGCAAGGACAAGGCGGAGAAUAUUCCUGAGCGCAUUGAAUCGAAAAAGUACCCAUGA